AUGGGCACCAGUGCGGUGGCUGUGCCCCCCUCAGUCUGGGGGCUGCUGGGAUGCUGUUUCCUUUGUGACUGGGCUCUGGGGGGUCCACAGCCCCUCCGCUCUCUGCCCCCACUGUCCUCCCAAGUCAAGCCAGGAUCUGAGCCCAGGUGGGUGCCCCAGGAGGGUGCAGAGGCAGCCCUGGCUUUUCUUUACUCUGGAGAUGCCCAGCAGCUGUCCGGGGCUAACUGCACUGAGCGCUACGAAGCCCAGGGUGCAGGAGCCCAGUCAGGGCCCCCCCCAGUCCUAUGGAAAGCAGGGGUCACCCUUGCCCAGACUGCCAAUUUCCUCAACAUGCUGCUCCAAGCCAACGACAUCCGCGAGUCCAGCGUGGAGGAGGACAUGGAGUGGUACCAGGCGAUCGUCCGCAGCGUGGCCGAGGGAGACCAGAGGGCAUAUCGGGCUCUGCUGACCUUUAACCCUCCACCUGGGGCCAGCCGCCUACAGCUGGCCCUGCAAGCCACCCGAAUGGGAGAGGAGAUCGUCCUUCAGGACUUGUCCAGGGACAGACUACAGGAGGAGAGCCCAGCCGUAGGCCCAGGCACCCCCGCUCUGCAGAAGCGGGUAUUGAUCAAUGAUCUAGGGAGCCUUGGAAGUCCCAAGUGGCCACGGGGGGAUAGUUAUGUGGGGGACGUGCGGCAUGUAAGGUUGUCCCCCCCCUUCCUGGAAUGCCAGGAGGGCCGGCUCCGUCCAGGCUGGCUUAUCACACUCUCUGCCACCUUCUAUGGACUCAAGCCGGACCUCAGCCCAGAGGCCAGGGGGCAGGUGCAGAUGGACAUAGACCUUCAGAGCGUGGAUGUGAAUCAGUGUGCCAGCGGCCCAGGCUGGUACUCCAACACACACCUGUGUGAUCCCAACAGCACCCAGUGUAUCGCCCUGGAGGGCCGGGGCUUUGUCCUUGGCCGCUACCUCUGCCGUUGCCGACCUGGCUUCUACGGGACAAGUCAUUCUGGGGGGUCAGAAGAGGGCACCACCCAGCCUACCGGGCAGCUUGGUUCCCUGCGAAGCAGCACGGAGAGGCUGCUGCGGUGCCGGCCGUGUCCCGAGGGCUGCGCCAGCUGCUUGAGCACCACCCCCUGCCUGGUGGAGGAGGCCUUGGUGCUGCGGGUGCUGGUGCUGGCCUGCCAGGCCUGCUGCGUGCUGGCUAUCGUCCUGAGCAUGCUGCUCUCCUACCGCUGCCGCCGGAGAAAGAGGAUCCGGGCAUCUGGCAUUGUUCUGCUAGAAACCAUCCUUUUUGGGUCCCUGCUGCUCUACUUCCCUGUCUUCAUCCUGUACUUGAAGCCCAGCAUAUUCUGCUGCAUCGCUCUCCGCUGGGUCCGCCUGCUGGGUUUCGCCAUCGUCUACGGCACCAUUGUACUCAAGCUUUAUAGAGUGCUCCAGAUGUUUCUGUCUCGAACGGCACAGCGAGGGCCCCCCCUGAGCAGUGGACGUUUGCUUCGGCGUCUGGGGCUGCUCCUGCUGCUGGUGCUGGGCUUCCUUGUAGUGUGGACAGCAGGAGUCCUGGAGCAAGGCCAGCACACGCCUCUGGUGACCCAAGGCCACACUCCUGCCGGCCGCCGCUUCUACCUCUGUCACCAUGGCCACUGGGACUACAUCAUGGUUGUGGUCGAGAUGCUGCUGCUGUGCUGGGGCAGCUUCCUCUGCUAUGCCGCCCGGGCUGUCCCCUCGGCCCUCCACGAGCCACGCCACCUGGGCAUUGCCCUGCACAAGGAGCUGCUGCUCUCUGCUGCUUUCCAUGUGGCCAGGUUUGUGCUGGUUCCCUCUCUACACCCAGACUGGACCCUCCUCCUCUUCUUCUUCCACACCCACAGCACCGUCACCGCCACUCUGGCUCUGAUCUUCGUCCCUAAGUUCCGGAAGCCUGGAGCUCCUUCCCGGGAGGAGAUGGUGGGCGAGGCGUAUGAGGACCAGCUGGACCUGCAGUGCUCCGGCUCCUACCUCAACAGCAGCGUCACCUCCGCCUGGAGUGAGCGCAGCCUGGACCCCGGAGACAUUCGGGAUGAGCUGAAGAAGCUCUAUGCCCAGCUGGAGGUCCAUAAGACCAAGGAAAUGGCUGCUAACAACCCCCACCUGCCCAAGAAGAGGGGCAGCUCUGGCCAGGGUCUGGGCCGCUCCCUCAUGAGGUGUCUGGCUGAGGUCCCUGAGGCCCUGGUCCGGCAGCACUCCCGGGACUCGGGCUCCCCAGGGCACAGCAGCCUGCCAGGCUCCUCCCUCCACAGGCUCCUCAGCUCCAGUCUCCAGGAACCCCAGUGGAAACCAGCCCUCUGCAAGUCCCGCAGCACCUAUGAGCAUGACCACGGCAGGGACCCGCCUCUCCUCGACUCACUGCUGAGGAGGAAGCCGGCCAAGAAAGCUUCAAGAGGGAGCAGGGAGUCGGUGGAGGAGCCCCCUGUUCUGGGCUUCAAGUCUGCCAGCGCCCACAAUCUGACAGUGGGAGGGAAGCUUCCCAGGGCCCCACUCACCUCCCUGCAGAAGUCGCUCAGCGUCAUGGCUGGCUCCAGGGAAAAGGCCUUAAUGGUCGCCGGCCAGGCCUACCUAGAGGAGACCUACAGACAGGCAAAGGAGCCAGAGGAGAGAAAGACAGCAGAGGUGGCCAUGGCCAGUCCAGUGCAGAGGCCAUCAGCCAGGAGGCUUGUGCAAUCUCCAUGGGCUCCCUUGUCAGCCCCCCCUUCCCCUGCCAAAAGCAGCAGUGGGGAUAGCCCCCCUCCCUCUGGGAAACUUCAAGAGAACAAUGUGGAAAGACGACCCCCCCCACCCACCCAGCACCAGGUCUCCACUCCCAUCUUGGCCUUGUCUGGGCCCUGCCUAGGAGAGCCAUGUAUGCUGCCUCCCACCUCCACCUUGGCUCCAGCUCUGAUGUCAGUCCCAGCCCCAGUCCCCACCCUGGCACCACGCCCAGCACCCGCCCAUGGUCCCAGCAUACUCACCUACAUCUGCCCCUGGGAGAAUGCAGAAAUCAAGAAAGAAAAUGUGGCUCCAGAGGGCCCCUCAGAGCCAGAGCGAGGCAAGCCCUCACUGGCCCCUGGUCGGGCCAGGCUCUGGAGAGCCCUCUCCACUGCCCCAGAGAAAAGGGGAGGUGGGGAGAGUGGGGUGCACACAGCGGAUCUCCAGACUAAAGAGGACAGGCCCAAGAUCAUCUGUAAAUCCCACAGCCUCAAGACCCCUGCUCAGCAGAGGUCCGUGCACAGUCUGGGACUGGCCAUCAGGGCUCUGGCCCGUUCCAGAAGUGCAUACAGAGAGAAGGAGAGUGGGGAGGGGAGUCCCAAGGGGGAGAAAGGCAGAGCACCAGGAGAGGGCAUAAAGCCCUGCUCUCCCAGGCCAGGCCAGCCCAGGGCUGUGAGUAAGCAGACUGCCCUGGCCCCCUGCCAUGAUGAGGAGUCACUCCAGAACCGACAGAAUGCACAUACCAGCAGGAUGCUCCAGGUCUGUCACCACGAGGGGAGCAGGGAACGAGAGGACAGAGGCAGGAGGACACUCCGGAGUGCAGGGAAGGAGAAAGCUGAGAGAGCAGUUAGAGCAGGGCCUGCCCCACUGAGGGGCACAGUGGGGGACAGGAAUGCUGAGGGAGCAGGAGCAGCCCCCAUGGGUGGACAGGAACUGCCCAGAUCUGGCCGGCAGCCCCUGGGCAGUGCUGACAGCUGUGUGGUGGAGGUGUGCCCCUGGGAAGCUGCCGAGUCAGGGACCUGUCUGCCAGACAGCAGCAAUAAGGCAGAAAUCUGCCCCUGGGAGGUGAGUGAAGGCACCCCUGAGCUCAAGGCAUUAAGACAAGACCUACAGGACUCUCAGGACGAAAGGCGGAAGGCCCCAGAAAAAUCCCAGCCCAAAGAUGUGGCUGUUAUUGCUCGGAAGAGACCAGAAAGGCUGGUGAGGGGGCAGGAGGCAGUGUGUCCCUGGGAGAAGGCUGGGCCAGAGGACCCUCUGGCCUCUGACAGAGCCAUGGGCAGGCCUGGAACAGGGAGAAGUGUGGAGGCCAGGGAGGCAGAAAAUGUGGGACCAUCCCAGCAAACGCUGAAAACAUUCUUCUGCAAAGACCAGAAAUCAGGUGGAGACCUGGAGUUUCUUUGUCCGUGGGACAGGACAGAUUUCCAGGGCUCCUCCAUACUCUCCACUCAGGCCCUAGGAGCCGCUGGGUACCCAGGGCGGCUAAGCAGUAGUGUUGUGGAGGUGUGCCUGUGGGAAGCGGGGGACACCCGUGCUGACAAGAGAGCUGACAUCUGUCCCUGGGAGCUGGGUGGCAAGGUGGCAGGGAAGGAAGCGUGUGAUGGAGCAGGUGGAGAAUCUCUCCAGGUGGCGGGAUGUUCUGGAGAGCCCGCGGAACAGACUGGGAAAGCAGCACAGGAAUUAAGUCAGCAGCAGGGGUCAGUGCGUCCCUGGGGGGACACAGCCCCUGGGCACCCCAGUCCACGUCCAGACAAUGCCUCAGCCAGGACUGGUGGCCUCAGCCAGGGAGGGAGCAGGUCCACUCAGGGAUGUCCGCAGGAAAAUCUCAGGCCAGGGGUCACACCUGCCAGGGCAGAGAUCUGUCCCUGGGAAGUAGGUGAAAGAACAAGAGAAGACCGGACAUCUAGAUGGGCGCCAGGAGAAGACUCUCAAGAGGGUCAGGAGAAAAUGCCUGGAACACUAGGAAUCAAAGAUGCCACCACCGGGGAAAAGACAGAGGGACAGAUCCAAAAGCAGGAAGCAGUCUGUCCUUGGGAAAGUGUGGACCCUGACAGCUUCUCCCCACCACGAGCUCAAGGCAGAGAGCACCCCAAGGUCAGUUUCAGGGCAUGGGGCAGUGUGGGAAGCAAAACUGCCGAGAUCUGUCCAUGGGACAUGGAGGAGACCCUGCCUGCUGAGAAAGCAGAGAUCUGUCCUUGGGAGGCGGGCGCUGGAGCAGGGGAGGAGAGGGCUUUGGGAGGUGAGGCCAUUACGAAGCUGCCAGGCCACACAGGAAAGGCUCCUGCAGAGCCUGGCCCCAGUGAGGUGGCUGUUACUGCCCCAAAGGAGCCGGAGCGGCCAGCACAGGAGCAGGAGGUGGGCUGUCCCCGGGAGCGCUUGGCUCCGGCGGGCUGCACUCCGCACUCAGACACUCUGGACACUGGCAGACCAAGAGCUGGGUUGCAGGAACUGGACUGCAUGGGCUGCAGGCCAGCUGAGGUAUGUCCCUGGGAAGUGGGGGAAGCGCCUACCAGUGAAAAGGCCCAGACCUGUCCCUGGGACAUGAGCAAAGAGACUGCUGGGAGGGGACCAGAAGAUGGUGUGGGGAGUGAUUCAGCAGGGUGGAGGGAGAAAACUUUAGAAAAGGGGCGACUCACCUCCCUUGAAGACACAUCAAAGUGGGACACAAAACAGAGCCAGGAGCAGGAAGCUGUUGGUCCCUGGGGGGAGGAACCCCAUGCCAGGGCCCCCGAGGUUGCAGACUUGCCCAGCCUGAACAGCAGAGGGGACGAGGGGCCUUGUCUGGAAGUGAGUGAUGAGGCAUCCGAGGACGGGGACCCGAGACGUGACCCACAGACGAAUGGAGGGACCCCAGAACAUACCACACGAGAAAAAGCUCCUCCUGCAAAAGCUGGAGAAGUCAUUGCAGAAGAUGAGAAAGAAACCAGCAGCCAGUCACAGGUGCACAGCGUAGCACCCACAGGCUCUCUGUCCAGCCCCGACCUUCGGGGGCCCUGUCCAGGGGAGACUGGCCCUCAGCGACUGCCCGGCGCGGGCGGCAGGGUGGCCCAGGGGUGCGCAGUGGAGGUGCCUGUCCUGAAUGCGCCUGCCCCUGACUGUGGUGCCAGAGCGGAGACCCCCCACUCAGACGAGACUGAGAGACUCCCUGGGAGAGGGGUGUCAACACACCACGGGGUGGGGGGCUCUCCAGAGAAGGGGAAUGCCCCAGAAAAGCUAGGAUCCAAAGUUGUGGCAGUUCAGGAGAAGCCAGAGAGGGCAGGUAGGAAGCAGGAGGCUGUGUGUCCCCAGGAGAGUAGGGAUUGUCGGGGGCUGUCUCCACAAGCAGCCCCACAAGCCUGUGCCAGAAGCAGUUCUGAGGCAGCGGACAGUAUGAGGGCCAGGGGAGUCCAAGUGUGUCCAUGGGAGGUGGAAGAGGCUCCCUUUGUCAGAAAAGCAGAAAUCUGCCUUUGGGGAGCGAGUGAAGGAGCAGAGACAGGGGGGCUGGAACAAGACCUGGACAGACAGUCCCAAGAGCAAGGAGGGAGGUGCCUUCAAAAGGCAGGAUCUGGGGGUCUGGAGGAUACUUUUCGAAAGAAGCGGCCCAAUCAGUCCCUGGGGAGCAAGCAGGCUGGGGAGCAAGAUGGAAGAGCUGUGUCAUGGGAAAUCACAGAUCCAGAAGGAAAUGAAAUAAAGCACACCAUGGCAGACACCUGUCCUUGGGAGGGACUGGAACCUCCGCUGGACUCCGGUCUCCUGGCUUUAACAGCCACUCAGACAGAAGUAUUUUCACCGACAGCAACUGAGAAACCACCAUGA